AUGGGAGGCAAGAAAGGCGGCGAGAACACCAAGAAAGCCGCUGGUAAUGCACGCAAAGCUGAAGCCGCCGCACAGAAACAAGCAGCCAUCGACGCCCGACUGGCCGCCGAGGAAGACGAGAAAUGGUCCAAAGGUGCCAAAGACAAUCGAAAGAAAGAAGCGGCAGCGGCCAAGGCUGCGGAGGCAGCAGCGAAAAAGGCUGAAAGAGACGCACAACUAGCAGAGGAGGAGAAGAGUCAGCGCAGCACACCCAAAGGUGCCAACAAGAAGACAGCAGAGAAGAAGAGUCGCGGUACACUCGACCUUGGGCAGUUGGACGGCGAGCCGAGCGGGACAAGUGGCAAGGAGAAAGCUCUCAACGCUUCGGGCAUUGACAACGCACUUGACGCGCUGAGCUUGACGGGUUCUGCGAACGACCUCAAACUCGACAGGCAUCCGGAGCGGCGAUUUAAGGCGGCGUACAAGGCAUUUGAAGAGCGACGUUUACCGGAGAUCGAGAUCGAGCAUCCUGGUCUACGUAAACAGCAGCGGAUUGAGAUUGUGCGCAAGGAGUUCGAGAAGAGUGAGGAGAAUCCAUUCAACCAGGCUGGCAACAUCAGAUUCGACGCGAGUAAACAGGAAAUGGAGGAGACGAGGAGGAAGGUCAGAGAAGGUGUAGAAAAGAGACUGGUUGAAAAAUGA